GCGAGAGUCAGUUAUAAAAGGAACGCAAUGUCGCAUCGGGAUGCAGCCAUGCACUUUCGUUGAGAGAAAGAAGAGAGAACAGCGAACAUGGGUGCCAAGCAGAGCAAACGCUCGGUGGAUAUCAGCGGAAAGGAGGCUGAGGGUGCUGGUGAGGUAGCGGCGGGCGCGGGCGGCGAGGGUCGUGUGGAGGCGCUGGCUGACGCUGAUGCGCUCAAGCCGCAGCUCAACGGCGAUGCGCACAUCCACGAACAGACUGAUAAAGAGAAACAACUCGAUAGCGGUACUCCAGAGAACGAAAAGGAUGCCACCACAGAAAAGGAGGCCAAAGAACAAGACAACGAGAGCGACAAGGAGAAAGAGGCUUCUCCUGUAACGAACGGCGAUACUGAGGCCAAAGCAGAGAUCGGAGACUCCUCGCCUGCCCCCGAGGAAAGCAAGAAACCGAAGAAAGAGAAGGUCAAGAAGAAAUGGUCGCUCAGAUCGAUCAGUUUCAGCAGAAAAGAUAAACCCAAGCAGGAGAAGAAACAAAAAGAGGAGGAGCCCAAAACGAAUGGGGAGCCAGAGAAAGUGCCCGAAGAGGCCUCUGAAGCCACACCAGACAAUGCAACAAACGAAGUAGCAGAAGAAGCGCUACCUAAAACAGAAGUUAAAGAUGAGAAAACUCCUGAAACUCCUGUGACUGAACCUCUGACAAAUGGUAGCAGUACACCUGAGGAGCCUAAGGCCGCGUCUCUCGUGCCCGAAGAGCCAGCCCCAGUCGCAGCCUCCGUCCCGGCUCCGACCGCUGCAGCACUGAUUCCGACUCCAGCUCCUGCAGUUGCAGAGCCAAUUGCACCUACACCUGCGCCCGCUGAACCUGAAUCCGCCAAGCCCGAACCUAAGGCUGAAUCCGAACCUGAGCAGUUGCCUGUUAAUGGUCUCUCUCUAGAAAUCUCCGAAGCCGUUCAAACCAACGAUAGCAAACCCGAGCCUGCUGCAGUCGCAUCAGAAACCGUUCCGGCCCCUGAAAUUCCUGUUAAAAAAGAGCAAGCUGAAGACAUUGAUCGUUCCGAAGUUACAACUGUAGACAGCGCAUUAUUAAACUCCAAUAUUGCUGUAGAAGAUGAGGAAAAUGUCAUUGAAAAGGAAGACGUAGAAAUCCAGGGAAUUCAAGACGAGAAUCAGAAGCAAAUAAAAGAUGAAAGUGAUUUGGAAAGUCCCGUUUCAUUCGAAUGUGACAAAAUUUUAGAGACUCCUGCGCUACCGAAAGAGACUAUGGAUUCUAUUGACGAUUUACCUCCUCCACCCCCACUUGAUAAUGAAUUCACAGAUAUUAGUGCCGACGUGCCGUCGGUAACUGCAAAUGAAAUUAAGGAAGUUAUCGUCAAACCCGAUCACAUAUCGAACAACGUUGAGGUUAACGGAGUCAGUUCGGAGAUUCUUAACGGAAACGAAGAUGUGGAUCACCAAAAUUUGAAAAACAAAAACAAGAAUUUGAUUGACAACGCGAAAGAAAACUUCGAAAGCAAUGGGAACGUAGAGGAAGUCACCACAGAAGCGACAAUUGAGAAAAAGGCGAGUGAGAUCACAGAGGAGAAAGUGAUUACCCCGGAGGAGUCGCUGCCGCCAUCACUAUCGGAGGCGAGCGAGGCGGCGGGUAGUGAGCUGAGCGACGCGUUCCCGCCGCCGCCCGCCGAGCUGUGCGCGCCUGCCGAGCCUCCGCCACACGCCAACGACACGCCCCAGGAGCCUCUCCCCGUAUCUGACAAGUUAGCCGAUUUGAUCCCUGAAGUCCCUGUCGUGCCAGACUUAAACACUGAAACGUUGCAGGAGACGACGACCGACGUAACGGUGGCAAACUAAAUGUGGAUCCGCACUCCCGCUUCCCGCGUACAUAAGGCAUGUGUCGGAAAAUGAGCCUUUUAUUUAUUUCCAAUUAGUACUGUGGAGUGAAGUCGAACUAAGUUCGAGCAUUUUGCAAUGUCGAAAGAUGUGGAUUCAGUUUCAAACGUGACCUUUCGUAUAGAAUGAUCAUAGAAUAAGUUUAGCGUGCUUUGCUUCUGUAAAAUUAAGAUUUUAUACAUUUAUUCGCUAGGAUCGAGUUUUUUUAUAAUUAUAUACAAUAACAAAGUUAUGUAGGCAGUAUACGGUGCGAUAAGU